UGCAUGUCGAUUUUCGCGCUUCGUUUGAGAAUAUGGAUGGGGAUCGAUGUGUACUUUGUGAUUUCGUGGACGAUAGCAAAGUGAUCGCUGUCGGGUAUCGCGAGUGGCUGGAAAGUGAGCACACUGACGAUGAGAUUUGCGACAUUGUGCAGAACGUCCAAGAGGUUAGGAUCAAGUGGCCGGCUGAUUGUGAUGUUGGCCCGCCGGCGGAUAUGAAACUCUUGAAGGACUGUAAAUUCGUUACCGCCGUGGCCAAGAUCCUCGCUUAUGGCGAAUGGGCAAAAAUGUGCACCCUCCGAGAGAACAUAAUUAACUACGGAGUUCUUCGACCCUCGAAGAACGACAGGAGGAGCCCCGAGGAUAAAGAUAACGUCGACAAGAAGGGCGGACCGCAGCCAAAAAAAGCGAAGUUGGAAACGAAGGCGUUAAAGGCGAAGAGGCCAGGAUUCACGGACGAGCGAUACAAUGAGACCAGCUACUACGUGGAGAACG